AUCGACGCGGUUAGUGAGUCGCCAAGCUCCGAAGCGUAUAGAUGGGGAUCGGUUUUGUGAUUUAUUCCGCCGCCGGCCUGCUGCUCCUCCUCCUGCCGCCCUCCAGACCACAAGCUCCAACGGGGAACGUGGGACCACAGUGGCGGGACGAUGAGGUCCAUUUCAACCGCACCCUGAACUCCAUUCUGGUGCCACGCGUCGUCGGCAGUCGGGGACAUCAGCAGGUGCGCGAGUACCUGAUACAAUCGCUGAACGGCCUUGGCUUUCAGACGGAAGUGGAUGAGUUCAAGCAGCGAGUUCCAGUUUUCGGCGAGCUGACGUUCGCCAAUGUCGUGGGCACGAUCAAUCCCCAGGCCCAGAACUUCCUGGCCCUGUCCUGCCACUACGACAGCAAGUACUUCCCCAACGAUCCUGGAUUUGUGGGGGCCACGGAUUCCGCGGUGCCCUGUGCCAUUCUGUUGAACACCGCCAAGACCCUGAGUGGCUAUCUCCAGAAAGAGUUUCGCAAUCGCAACGACGUGGGACUUAUGCUCAUAUUUUUCGAUGGCGAGGAGGCUUUUAAGGACUGGACUGAAGCUGAUUCCGUAUACGGCUCCAAGCAUUUGGCCUCAAAAUUGGCCCGCACCCGCAGUGGCUUCCAAACUGGCGGCCAAGUUCAGCAGGGUCCACGCAAUAUAGAUCGAAUUGAAGUGCUGGUGCUGCUGGAUCUUAUAGGGGCGCGAAAUCCGCAGUUCUCUAGUUUUUAUGAAAACACCCAUGGUCUGCACUCCUCUCUUGUUCAGAUCGAGAAAUCCCUGCGCUCUGCCGGCAAGCUGGAGGGCAAAAACAAUAUGUUUUUAAGCCGUGCCAGCGGCGGUCUGGUCGAUGACGAUCAUCGCCCGUUCUUGGAUGAGAAUGUUCCUGUGCUGCACUUGGUGGCCACUCCGUUCCCUGAGGUCUGGCACACGCCUCGCGAUAAUGCCGCCAAUCUGCACUGGCCAUCCAUACGCAAUUUCAACCGUAUUUUCCGUAACUUUGUGUACGAGUACCUAAAAAGGCAUACGGCACCGGUGGAUUUACGUUUUCACUGAACAUAGUUAUUGUUUGUCUUAUGUCUAAGAUUUAUUAAGCAUAAGUGUAAAGUGUUUUUCGUUAAUUAAAGUGUCCUUAGGCAUGUAAAA